AUAUACAAAUUCUGUUACUAUGGAUGGAGCUAAAUGAGAGGAAAAAAAAGAAGAGUUCUUAUUUGGUUGCACCGAAGAUCGGUUGAUCUCUUUCAUUAAUCAGAUCUAAUUGACCCAAUUUUCAUCGGAGGCCGUGUAAGAGAAAUCAAUCAUAAUCAUGGGCGGUAGAUUCGGAGUCCUCUUCUUCCUCUUGGGGUUAUUAACCUGCUGGUGGUCUUGUGACGCUAGAGACCCGAUUCUUCUCCAACCCUUGGAAUCAGCUCAUGAUGACAACCAAGUCUGUGAACUGUGUGACAAGUAUGUUACGCUUGCCAUUGAUUACCUUCAAGACUACGACAACCAGAAUGCACUCGUCGAGGCCCUUCAUAUCAGCUGCUCUCAGAUUCCUCCUCUCAAAAAACAGUGUCUUUCCAUGGUCGAUCAUUACACCCAACUUUUCUUCACACAAGUCUCUACUAUCACAUCAGACCAAAUCUGCAAAAGGCUUAACCUCUGUCAAGCUGCGACUCCGCCCUUUGCUUCUCAAGUCCAUCAAGGAAACUGCGAGGCUUGCCGCCAGACUGUCUCCGAGGUUGUCGCCAAACUCAAGGAUCCUCAGACUAAGCUGAAGAUAAUUCGGUUACUUCUCAAGGAAUGCAAGUCGCUUAACAAUUACCAGGACAAGUGCAAGAAGAUGGUAUUCGAGUACGGGCCUCUGAUGCUUACGGAUUUGGAGAAGUUUCUGGAGAAGAAAGACGUCUGCUUUAUCCUCCACGUCUGUCCAGGUCCAGCCACCCACCAUGGCUACAUUCCUACGGUGGAGGCAUUGGCAGAUUCGUAAAUUCGGCAACCCGGUUUUCGUGGUCAUUUGAUCACACACAUACCAUGCCAUGGCAUAUCAUCGUCGUGCUAAUUUAAGUUGGUAACCAGUGGUCAUGUAAAAAUACUGAUUGAUAUAUAAAAACAUAAAUACGUGAUGAUUGAUUCUUGUGUGAUUUGAAAAGAACGUUGUCUAAAGGCCCAUUGUCCAUUUAUGGGCUUUUUUGGCUCAUUUUUACAUUGCCCUUGUUGAGUAGUCUCGGAUUUUCUCUAAAACGUUACGCUGUUGUUGUGUG